AUAAAUAAAUGACAAUUAGUUCAACAUGGCGGCGAAGGUGCAAUGCGGUGUUUCCGCGGAAACGCUCAGCUUAGAAUUAUGAUUUAUAUACAGUCAAAAAGAAUAUAAUAUUAUUUGAAAAAUGCAAGUGAGCAUUGCUAAUACCACUUGUGUUACAUAAAAAAUAGUUUCUUCCUCACAGUGUAGCAGUGGUGGUUUUUGUAACAGUGAAUCGUAAUGUUGCGGAAAGUUAAUUUUUACUCAAUAUGUUUCGCAUUCGGUCUCAGUGUACUCCUUAUUCUAGCUGGAAGUCGAUAUACAGAUAACAUAAAUUAUCAUCCGUCCAUUGAGAGCCGCAGGAAUAUCAGAAACUUUUUGAGGGUCGAGGAUGGAGAAAACCUUCAGUCAAUGUAUGAGCCCACCAUCACCUUCCCGUAUUACGAUUCAAUAGACAUCGAAAAAUUAUUGAAUAAAACUAGCUUCAAAAUAAAAUAUGAUUUAUCAACUUAUAACUUUGAGCAAUCGGGAGUGCAGAAGUUGGAUGAUUUACUAUUAGAAUCUGGUGGAAAGCCAAUAAGAAGUGUUAUUGUUUCAACUUGGAGAUCUGGAACCACAUUCCUUGGCGAAGUAUUGAAUGCUAUGCCUGGCAACUUCUACCACUAUGAGCCCUUUCUGAAGUUUGAAAUUGUACAAAUUAGAGGUCUUCCUCUUUCCACUGAAGCACUAAGUAAUAUCAAGAAUAUGCUCAGAUGUAAUUUUGAGGGCAUGGAAGAUUAUUUUGAAUAUGGCAAAAAACAUCUAAACCAAUUCCGCCAUAAUACAAGACUAUGGGACCACUGUAAAUAUAAGAAAGAAUUGUGUUUUGAUGCUGAGUUCACAGGAAGGUUUUGCAAAUUGUUUCCAUUCCAGAGCAUGAAGGUUGUGCGAGUGAGGUUACGCCUUAUGCAAGAGAUAUUGGAAGAUAAAGAGCUUAAUGUUAAAGUGGUGCUUUUAAUCCGUGACCCUCGUGGUGUGAUGCAGUCCAGACAGCACAGAGACUUCUGCCAACCUGCUCCUGACUGCUGGAAGCCUGAGCUGCUCUGUGCCGAUAUGAUAAGCGACUAUGUUGCAGCUGGGAGAUUGCUCAAGCAGUAUCCAGAUAAACUCAUGGUUCUUCGUUAUGAAGAGCUUGCACUGAAUCCAGUUGGCACCACACAAUAUCUCCUGAAGUUUCUAGGAUUAGGCAUGACACCCUCCAUCGAGAGGUUCCUCAGCACGCACACCAGCGUUGAAGUUGCAGGUGUUAGUUCUACAUUCAGAAUCUCACAAGAUGUGCCUUUUAGGUGGAAGAAUGUUCUGGACUUUAAUUAUGUGGAUGAUAUGCAGACAGUUUGCAAAGAGGCCAUGGAUCUAUGGGGCUAUAGGUUGGCGCACAACUCAUCGCAUAUGACAAGCAAAGAGUUCAACCCUAUAAUGGAAUACUCUGUCAGGCAGUGAUAUGUGCCAUGAAAUGAAUUCUCCAAUAUCCCCAUAGAAAUUACUUCAAUAAACCUCCCGCCGUCAUGUUCGCAGUUUUGAAGAUAUUCCUCGUAUUGUAAUAUUAAACUUGUUGAAAGAAGCAUUGCUAUUGCAAGCAUUGAAACUAAGUACUUCCUUAAUCUCGAAAACUACAAGAAUCUCAUGAUGCAUCGAAUUCUCGUACGAUAUUAUUUUUUUGGUAUUAAUAGUUAGUAGUAUCACUUACAGAGCGUAGCUCCCAUUUGAAUAUAGUAGACAUAUUCCGAAACGAAUAUUGCUCAGUUGAGACAGUUCGGGGACCUUUGUCAUGUAAGUAUGUCUGCUAUGAUAUUUAUAUUUCUACAAAAAAGCUAUGUUUCCAUGUGUCUUCUAGCCUUUGUUGAGGCUAAAUUUACAUUGUUAAGAGUCAUCUGUAAGCAGAAAUUUCUAUAGUUUCGAUAAAAUUCAUUGUUCAUUCUGUGUUAAAAUUCCAUAGAUUUCGAUGGAAUUUUAACACAGUAUAGAAAUUUUUGAACGCUUACAGGGGAGUCUUGAGAAAGUUGUAAAAAGUAAUCUCAUUGUUGAAAAUAGAAGCAUUUAAUGCAAUGAUUUGACGACGCUGUGACAUAUAAUUCACGUAUAAGUUACUGUUCUAAAGACUGAUCAUUUUCCAACUCCAUAUCUUCCACAUACAAAUUUCGCGAUUAACACACUUCGACUAUCAAAUGUGUAUGACUGUCUAUGGCAGAGUGUGAACUCAGGUUGUGCUGUACACAGCUUGUGUGACUUUAUAUCAAAAUGUAAAAGAUGGACCAUUAAUAAUACAGGUAAUAUUGCUUGAACACUUCGGGCAGCGCUUUAGUCAUUAGGAAUGGAAAUUGAACGUUUUGUUCAAGCAAUUUUAACUUUUAUCACGUAGAGCGAUUUAUUGUUAAGCUUAGGCAAUUGGUAUUUUUAGCACUCACGGAAUUGACGAAUUGUUGAUGCUUCCAUGUAGACACUUGUUUGAUCAUAUUUAGAGAUGUUUAUGAUGGCAUCGUGUAUAAGUAAUAAUAAUAAAAAAAAAAUUGCGCUCGCUGGUCCUGAUUAUGACGCCACAUGAAUACUGUUUACUAAAUCUUAAAAAAAAUCGAUUCAAUACGUUUCCUUAUGUUCUCCGUGUGGUUUUUUAUGCGCAAAACACAAGUAACCACACGGUAAACAUAAGGAAUAGAAUUAAGAAUAGGACCACUCCAUCUCUUUCACAUGGAUGUCGCAAAAGGCGACUAAGGGAUAGGCUUACAUACUUGAGAUUCCUCUUUUAGGCGAUGGGCAAGCAACCUGUCACUAUUUUAAUCUCAAUUCUAUUAAGCCAAGAAGCUAAACGUGGUCUUUCAGUCUUUUGAUGACUGUUGGCUCUGUUUGUUCCGCAGGGGGUGUAGACAUG